GAGCGUGGGGUGACCCGGAGUGAGGCCACAGAGGUGGACAUCAACGGGAGGAACGCGCUGAUGGUCGCCUGCUCCAAGGGCUUUGUGGACAUUGUGCCACUGCUGCAGAAGUGUCCCUACAUCAACAUCAACCAGCAGGACAACGAUGGGAACACAGCCCUCAUGAUGGCUGCCCAGGCAGGACACAUCACCAUUGUUAACUACCUCCUCAACUACUACCCUGCCCUCGAGGUGGACCAGCGGGACCCGCGGGGGCUGACGGCGCUGAUGAAGGCGGCGGUGCAGGGGCAGCGGGACUGUGUCACCGCCCUGCUCCUGGCGGGAGCUGACCUGCAGGCUGUGGAUGCCGUGAAGGGGAAGACAGCUCGGGAAUGGGCGAUUUUCACCGGCCGCUUCGACACCACCGUGCGCAUCCGGACCCUGCUGCGGCGCCCGCGCGCGGAGCAGUUCGGAUCCCAGUACCAGCCCGAGUGGCCAGCCCUGGCCGAACUGGUGGCCAAGGCUCUGAGCCCCAAAUCCAGGAGCAAAAGACUCUCGGAAAAAAUCCGCUCCAUCUUCACCUUCAACAUCCCCCGCGAUCCCGAGGAGGACGGCGUGCUGGACCACAUGGUGAGGAUGACCACGUCCCUCGCCAGCCCUUUCGUGGCCACCGCUUGCCAAACCGUCUGCCCGGACAGCCCCCCCGAGGUGGGGAAACACCGCCUGUCGGUGCCGGAGAUCCUCGGGCAGCACGUGCCCGAUGCAGGUGAUGAAUCAGAAACAUCCUCGCGUCCCAGCACCGGGGGAUCCUCCUGCAACGGCCACGCCGUGUCCGAGCUGCGGCCACCGCCCCGGCAGCCUCCCAGCCGCCUCCUGAGCUUCCUGCCGCUGUGGCUGCGCCGUGCCAACAGCAUCUUCCCCGGAGAGCCCGUCCCCAAAAUCAAAGUGAGCAAAGCUUCUGGUUCAUCUGCCGGGGAGAAGAAGCCGCGUGUGAAGGACAAGCACCUGCUGCAGCCGCCUCAGUGGAGGUACAAGAUGCUGAAGGAGGAGAAGAAAGCGGCUGAGGAGGCCAAGACGGGGGAGAAGAAGAAGAAGAAGAAGAAAAAGAAAAAGAAAGGCUAA